GGAAGCCAGUGGAGAGAUUGACAGAGGGGGGUGGAGGACACUGAGUGGAGGCCAGUGGAGGGAUUGGCAGAGGGGGGGUGGAGGUCAGUGGAGGGAUUGGCAGAGGGGGGUGGAGGACACUGAAUGGAGGCCAGUGGAGGGAUUGGCAGAGGGGGGUGGAGGACACUGAGUGGAGGCCAGUGGAGGGAUUGGCAGAGGGGGGGUGGAGGUCAGUGGAGGGAUUGGCAGAGGGGGGUGGAGGACACUGAAUGGAGGCCAGUGGAGGGGAUUGGCAGAGGGGGGUGGAGGACACUGAGUGGAGGCCAGUGGAGGGAUUGGCAGAGGGGGGUGGAGGACACUGAGUGGAGGCCAGUGGAGGGAUUGGCAGAGGGGGGUGGUGGAGAUGGAGCGGUUGGAAAGGAUGGACUGAAGCGGGGAUAGCCAGCGGUGAGGCAGGCCAGUGAGGAGGGAGUUGCAGUAGUUGAGUCGUGAUAUGAUGAGGGAGUGGAUGAGUUGUUUAGUGGUUUCCGGGGUUAGGAACGGACGUAUCUUGGAGAUGUUGCGGAGGUUGGAAAUGUUGCAGCGGUUGGAGAUGUUGCGGAGGUUGG